AUGGGCGCUAGGGGACGGGACGGGCGCGACGUCCCACUGAUAUCAGCCAUGGGGGCUCACGCCGCCACCUUCCUGUCCGGCCCACUUCCAGUAGACACGAGCCACGUCCUACACUGCCCUUCCUCGGCCCUGCCUUUCCUUCAGGAGCUGCGUGCGCGUCGUCCGGUCAACGAGGAUGACCCUUCCAAGAAACUGCCAGAGGUUCAAGCCGUUCCGUCCUCGGAGCACGCGGACAACGUGACGCUGUCCAAGAGCGCCGACAAUGCCACUGGCGGCAUGAAAAUGGAAUGUGUCGCAAGCGAGCCGGAGCGGGGCCUCACGGAGAACCUCGCGGAUACGUACGUGUCAUCGGGGAACGCGUGCGUGGAUUUCCUCUUCCACGUGCUGCCGCAGACCGAGCGCGACGAUGCGCACCGGCGGCUCGAGGCCGCGUGGGCGGAGGACCCAGCCACGGCGCUGCGACUGGUGAUGCAGCUGCGCGCAGUGCGCGGCACGGGCAAAAGCGACCGCUCCAGCUUCUUCCACUGCGUCACGUGGCUUUACCAAAACCACCCACGGACGCUCGUGCAAAAUCUGUGGCUGGUUCCGGAAUUCGGGUGCUUCAAAGAUCUUCUGGAGAUCGUGCGGCUCGCUCUGGCGGAGGAAGGCGUAGACGCCAUGGAGGACAGUGCGGUGGCUUGGAAUGGCACGAAUAAGGGAAAGAAGAUGAUGAAGCAGGGCGACGGGAACGGGAGCAGGGGCGGCAAAGGAGGCAAGGAAAAGCAGAAGAGUCGGGAGGAGCGGGUGGCGGAGAACAGGCGGCAGAUGGCGGAGGAGAGCGAUCGCGCGGCGGUUGUGCGCAAGGCAGUGCACGCGCGGAGGGCGGCGGCGGUGGCGCACGCGUACGAGUCGAGCGAGCGGCUGCGCGCCGUGUACAACGCGGUGGCGGCCAUCUUCGCGGCUGCGCUGAAGGGGGACCUGGAGACGAUGCGCGCGUUCGAGGAGGGGCGCGCGCGGAAGACCGCUAAAGGGGGAGGGGUGAAGGAGGAGGAGAAGAAGCAGGAAAGCGAGAAGGCUGAGGCAGGGGAGAUGGUUAUGGAGGAAACGGAGGCAGAGGGGGAGGGGGUGAAGGAAGGCAAUGAGGAGAAGAGUGAAGGCGAGAGUGGUGGCAAGGGCAAGAAGAAGGGCAAGUGGAUGGGGAGGCCGGCGCCGAAGCUCUCUCUGGCAGCCAAAUGGGCCCCCUCCCCUGGCAAGUCGUUCGACCACUGCACACUGCUCACCUCCUCCAUCGCCCUCCCCCUCUUCCCCCCCUCCUCCUCCUCCUCUUCCUCCCCCUCCUCUGCUGCUGCUGCUGCUAAAUCUGAUGCUGCUGAUGCCGGGAUGGACGUGGACGACGGGGCAGCAGCAGCAGCGGGCGGGGGGGGAGGGUACGUGCGAGUGGCGAAGGAGAGGCUGCAGAGAGAGGUGCUGGCGCCGCUGCGGAGAGUGCUGGAGGUGCCCGAGGUGCACAUGAGCAGCGGGCGGUGGGAGCACGUGGCGUACGGGCGAGUCCCAUCCGUGUGCAUGAAGAACACCCGCAAGCUCUUCCUCUCCCACGAUGAGGCGCGCUUUAAAGAGUACCUGGCGGAUGUCAAGGGCGGGGAGGCGAAGAUUGCUGCUGGGGCGCUGCUGCCGCAUGAAGUGGUGAAAACGGCCAUGGAAGCAGCAGAGGACAGCGAUGAUACAGUGGGCGAGCUGCAGUGGAAGGCCAUGGUGGGUGAUGUGCGCAGCAAGGGGUCCCUGGAGAACAGCAUGGCGGUGUGCGAUGUGUCGGGGAGCAUGUCGGGUAUACCCAUGGAGGUGGCCAUUGCACUGUCGCUGCUCGUGAGCGAGGUGAGCAGUGAGCCGUGGAAGAACCACCUCAUCACCUUCUCCGCGCAGCCGACCAUCCACCACGUGCAGGGAGAGACCCUGGUGGAGCGCGUGAGAAGCACAGAGGGCAUGGCCUGGGGCUACAACACGAAUUUCCAGGCUGUGUUUGACCUGCUGCUGUCCCGCACGCAGCAGUUCCAGCUAGACCCGGCGGACAUGGUGCAGUUUGACGAAUCACACUCGGCCAUUGGGGGUUACGGAGCCAGAGAGAGCGGCUGGGAGACGGACCAUCAAGCGAUUGUACGCAAGUACAAUGAGGCGGGUUACCCUGUUCCGCAGAUAGUGUAUUGGAACCUGAGGGGAGAUGCUUCUGCGAGCAGUACGCCUGUGGCUGCAAGUGAGGAUAGCGUGGCGCUGGUGUCGGGGUUCAGCAAGGGUAUGCUGCUCGCCGUGCUGGAAGGCAAGGAGCUCUCUCCCAUGAUAGUGCUCGAGGAGGCCAUUAAGGGAAAGCUCUUUGAGCUCGUUCAGGUUGUGGAUUAA